GGCAGAACUCAGCAUUUCCUUGUGACCAGAGGAAGCUUCUGGUUACAGCCCAGAGCGCGGCAAGGGCUUCGGGGGACAGUGAAGGCUUCGGGGGGCUCCCGUCACGGGACUGGCAGCUCGGUCCGAGCCUCAGGCUGCAGUGGGGCUGACUCAACUGAAGACCAUGGCGCUGAACGGUUCUUGGAAGGUGGACCGCAGUGAGAACUAUGAGAAGUUCAUGGAAAAAAUGGGUAUUAACAUGGUCAAGAGGAAACUUGCAGCUCAUGACAAUUUGAAACUGACAAUCUCACAAGACGGAAAUAAAUUCACAAUCAAAGAAUCAAGUACUUUUCGAACCAUCGAACUUGCUUUUGAACUUGGUGUCAACUUUAAUUACAGCCUAGCAGAUGGGACUGAACUCAGUGGGACCUGGAACAUGGAGGGAAGCAAGCUGGUUGGAAAAUUCACCCGGGUAGACAAUGGAAAGGAGCUGAAUGCCGUCCGCGAAGUGGUCGGUGAUGAGAUGGUCCAGACUUACACCUACGAGGGUGUGGAGGCCAAGAGGUUCUUCAAGAAGGAAUAAAUGUUAACUCCUGCCUCUCCGUCCUUGGCACAAAUUGGAUGGAAGAAUCUAUACUGCAACAGAACUGUCUGUCUCUCCUCACCCAGUAUAAAGGUUACUGCCGGAUUAGUCCUUUUAUAAAAUUGGCCAGAGGUUCAU